AAUGUGAGUAAACUCAUAACGCACUCAGACCGGGCUUACCAGUAGAAAGGAAAGAGUUAAGUGGCGUGGACUUCUCUUGGGGGACGCAGUGGACGCUGGAGAGAGCGUUCAUUUAGCACUGGGUAGAGAGCGAGGUUGAUAGGAUACAGAGAGCUGGUUGUCACUGACGGUGGUGUGGCUGUGUGUAAUCAUAUGAGAACCAGAAACAAAGCGAGGCUGUAUGCGCACGACUGAGCAAAAGUGAACGCAAAACUGAUUUGAAGAGCGUGUUUUUAAAUCAACCAGCCAACGCAAUGGAGGAACACCUCCAGGAAGAUUUGGCAACGUUGUCCGAGCUGGAUGAAAAAAGUUUACUAGAGUCUCUCAGUCAACGAUUUAAACAGGACAAAAUCUACACAUACAUCGGUGACAUUUUGGUGGCAGUGAAUCCUUUCAAGUACUUGCCUUUGUAUGAGAAAGAGGUGUCGGAGACAUACAAGUGCCAUGACAAGAAGGCUUUGCCCCCUCACAUCUUUGCAGUGGCGGACAGAGCAUACCAGUCAAUGCUGGGCCGACUGGGAACCGGACCAGAGAACCAGUGUAUAGUUAUCAGCGGAGAGAGCGGAGCAGGGAAGACUGAGAGCACCAAGCUCCUCCUGAGGCACAUGAUGGAGCUGUGCAAAGCCAACUCGCAGCUGGAGCAGCAGAUCCUACAGGUGAAUCCUCUUCUGGAGGUCUUUGGGAAUGCCCAAACAGUCAUGAAUGACAACAGCAGUCGCUUUGGGAAGUACAUUCAGCUACGUUUCUCUGGAACAUCAGUGAAAGGAGCCAAGAUUAACGAGUACCUGCUGGAGAAGUCCCGCGUGGUGCAACAGGACAAGGGCGAGCGCAACUUCCACAUCUUCUACUGCAUGCUGGCGGGCGUAUGUCCAGACGACAAGGAGAUCUACGGCCUCCUGGAGCCCGAGCAGUACAGAUAUCUCAAUGGUGCAUCCCUGUCAGUUGACAUGGUGAAUCACUGGAGCAAGAAGUAUGCAGAUGUGUGCAAUGCUAUGGAUAUGGUGGGAUUUGAAGAGCAGGAGAAGGUGGACAUGAUGACAAUCCUAGCAGGCAUCUUGUCUCUGGGCAACAUCAUGUUGGAGCCUGGUGAGGGAGAUGCCCUCCGAGUCACGGAGACGUCCGUGGGCUGGCUCAGAGCGGCUGCUGGGCAAUUUGGGGUGCAGGAAGAAGAACUGCUGAAGAGUCUGAUCUGCACCAUGUCUGUCACACGAGGGGAAGCCAUCCGCCGCCUUCACAGCCAACAGCAGGCCGAAGAUGCCAGAGAUUCGAUCGCUAAAGUGGCCUAUGGAAGAGUGUUUGGAUGGAUAGUCAGCAAAGUCAACGAGUUACUUGCCCCAAAUGUAGAUCCAGAUGUUGAACUCCGUGAAAUCGGUAUCCUUGACAUUUUUGGCUUUGAAAACUUUGCCGUAAACCGAUUCGAACAGCUUUGUAUCAACCUGGCCAAUGAACAGCUACAGUACUUCUUCAACCAUCACAUCUUUCUGAUGGAACAGAGAGAGUAUAAGGAAGAGAACCUGGACUGGGAAGUCAUCACGUAUAAGGACAACAAACCCAUACUGGACCUCUUCCUCACAAAACCCAUCGGGAUCCUCUCGCUACUGGAUGAGCAGAGCGCCUUUCCACAGGCUUCAGAUAGAGACUUUGUGGAUAAGCUAAACGGCAAGUUUAAAGCACAUCCCAACUAUGAAGUGGUGCGCAGCCACAGUCCUGCAUUCACAGUGGUGCACUAUGCAGCAAAGGUUCAGUACAAUGGAGUAGGUUUCCUGGAGAGGAACAGAGACACUAUUCCAGGCAGCAUCAGAGGCCUCUUCAUUAACAGUGUCACUCCACUCCUCAGCCUGCUCUUCGCUGCUACUAUAUCCAGAACAGGAACUCUGAUGCCCCGCAAGGCUAAGCUUGCACAGAUCGCAGAGGACAACUUCAACUCAACCAGGAAACAAUCCGUUGGGGCACAGUUUAAGCAUUCUCUCGGGGUCUUGAUGGAGAAGAUGUUUGCGGCCAGCCCUCACUUCAUCCGUUGCAUUAAACCGAACUGCACAAAAUCACCCGAUGUCCUGGACAACAACUUUGUCAUGGACCAGCUCCGCUAUAACGGCUUGCUGGAAACCAUCAGAAUACGUCGAGAUGGAUUCUCUUGGAGACCGACCUUCAAGGAAUUCGCAGAGAGGUAUAGCCUCCUGCUGCUCAAACCAGAUACACCUCUCAAUAGAGAAAGCUGCAUGCACAUCCUCAAUAACACACGUUUCACUGGCUGGACAUGUGGGUCGUCGCGUUUGUUCUUUAAGUAUUGGCACCAGGAAGAGUUGGCUCGUCUUCUUGACAGGCUUGGGAAGGCCGCCGUCGCCAUCCAGAAGAAUUUCCGGAAGGUGAGGUGCAGGAGGAGGUACCUGCAGCUGGUGGAGGAGAUGCGGAGGCAGAUGAAGGACCAGAGAGAGGAGGAGGAGAGGCUGCAGAGAGAGGAAGAGGAGGAGACGAGGAAACAGCACCUGCAGGAGGAGGGGGAGAGGAGACGGCAGCUCAUGGAACAGGAGAACAAGAGGCCAGCAUCCCCGCCCGUUCCACUGCCCCGGAAGAUGAAGCCAGAGCCCAGGCCUCGCUCCUUCCUCUCAGGCCCGCAGGCAGCACACCUGGCCCCCGUGCCUCGCCCGCGGAGCAAGUACUUUGAGGCAACGCCCUUUGAUAACGACCUAGCGGGAGGAGAACAUGAGGAACGUGCCAAAGAGAAGCACAAGCGGAGAAGGAACACCAUCCGAUGGUUCCGCGAGACACAGGCCCGGAAGGUGGUGCGGAACGGAGAAUUCCCCUGCUGGUUCCACGGCAUGAUAACGCGCCGGCAAGCAGAGGACCUCCUCACUGACAAGCCGGUUGGCUGCUUUCUGAUCCGAGUCGGGCAGAGCCGGGAGGGAUACACCCUCACAUACAGGGGGGUGAGCCGCUGCCGACACUACAUGAUCGAGAUCCAGUGCAACGGGAAGUAUGUGAUCCUGGGCGAGGACCGUGCCCACCCAUCCCUCAUCGACCUCGUGCAGCACCACACGCAGGUGGGCAUCAAGCCCUUCAUGGAGCUCCUCACGGUGCCCUGUGGACAAUCGUGUGACCAGCAGCCAGACUAUGAGGAGCUGGAGUUCAUGGUUCCCACCCCUCCUGAGAACCCUCACAGGGGGCCCGACCCUGUGGCUCUGGAGCUGCAGCGCCUCUUCAUGCCCCCGGACCACACCUCCGCACCUGGGGCUCUGCAGCCCAAUAAACCACCCGUCCUGCGGAGGAUAUCGGACCACCGGAGGCACCUGGAGGCCCAGGAGCAGGUGGACCCGAAUAACAAACCCUUCCCCCGACUGUACCCCUCCAUAAGGCUGGCCAUGAGGGAGAUUCAGCAGGUACAGCAGCAGUUCUCCGAAAGUGCUGAACAGACAGCUGGCGCUCCAGGCAACCGCUGGGCCCCAUGGAAGAGGACAGAUUCCUAGCAUUCAAAGAAAAGAGACCAAAUAGAACAACACUUCCUCUGCUGCUGCGGAAUGUGACUGGAUUUAGUUGUGUGUUUGAGACACACUUUUAGAACAAAUUGUGAAAAGAACCUUUUAAUAGAGCUUUAAAGUUUUUUAUUGUUUAACUAUGUUUGAGUGUUUUGUUUUAUGUGCAUUUCGUGUGUUUUAUUUACCAUAUUUAAAUGUAAAUUAUGAUUUUCUAAUGCACUGAAAUAAAUACUUGGUUUCUAAA